GAGGGCCCGGCCGGCGCGCGUCGACGUUCCUCAAUCCCUGUGUCCUUCCUUCCUUCCUUCCCAGUCCCCACCUACCCACCCAUCGUCUCUCGCUCUAACCUAUUUGUAAAUGUCGUCGUCUCUCAGCGCACUCGUCGCGCCCGUCGCGGCGGGCAUCAUCUCUCUUGUCCUCGCGCGCCAGUAUCUGCGGAAAUCGCCCGCCGCGCCUCUGCCCCCGGGCCCGCGUGGGCUGCCCAUCAUCGGCAACGUGCUCGACAUGCCGGCGACGGAGGAGUGGCUGACGUUCGCGAAAUGGGGCGCCCAGUUCGGGGGCUUGUGCUCCGUCAAAUUGCUCGGCCAGCCCAUCGUCGUCGUGAACACGGUGGAGGCAAUGAACGCGCUGGACGCAAAGGGAUCCGUGUUUAACACGCGUCCGAGAUUGCCGAUGGCGGGGGAGUUGGUGGGGUAUAACAAGACGCUCGUUCUUUCUCCAUAUGGCCCGCGCUUCCGGGUGUACCGCAAACACUUUGCGAAACUGGUCGGCAUGCCGCAAGUCAAGCAGUUCAUCUCCAUGACGGAGCAGCAGACGCACAAACUGCUGAAGCGGCUGCUGACCAACCCAGAGUCGGACAAGAUCGACGCGAAGAUCCGCAUGCACAUUGGCUCGAUCAUCCUGCGCAUCACGUACGGCAUCGACGUCGCCGAGGAGGGCGAGGACCCAUUCGUGGCGCUGAUUGAGCACGCGAACGACAACUUCAACCGCGCAACCGCGCCCGGCGCGUUCCUCGUCGACGUCUUCCCGAGUCUGCUCUAUAUCCCCGAGUUCCUCGCGCCGUUCAAGCGCCUGGCGAAGGUGUACGCCAAGUCGACCACGGACAUGGUGGAGAUCCCGUACAAGUUCGCCGCCGAUCAGGUGCACGCGGGAACGGCCCCGGUCUCGUUCGUGUCGAGUCUGCUUGAAGGCGAUGGGGACGGUAAGGACCUCGGCCCGCAGGACAUUGCCGACAUCAAGUACACUGCGAGCUCCCUCUACGGCGGCGGUGCGGACACGACUGCCGCUGACCUGUACGCCUUCUUCCUCGCCAUGGUCCAGUUCCCCGAGGUGCAGACUGCCGCGCAGGCCGAGAUCGACGCUGUGAUCGGCGACGCGCGCUUGCCGACGUACGAGGACAAGGAGCAGCUGCCGUACAUCCGUGCCGUCGUCAGCGAGCUGCUCCGGUGGCACAGCAUCGCGCCGCUCGGCGUGCCGCACUGCGCUAUCGACGACGCGGUCGUGGACGGGUACUUGAUUCCGAAGGGGACGAUCAUCAUCACAAACAUCUGGCAGAUGAUGCACGAUCCCGCGGUGUACCCGUCGCCCGAGACCUUCGACCCCACGCGCUUCCUGGGCGAAAACCCGCAGCAGGACCCGCGGGUGGCGUCGUUUGGCUGGGGCCGCCGCAUCUGCCCGGGCCGCGAGCUGGCCGAGCUGAGCCUGUUCCACACCGUCGUCUGCGUCCUCGCCACGUUCAGCAUCGAGCGGGCUCCCGGAGAGCUUCCGGUUCACAAGAACUUGCAGGGCACUAUCAGCCACACCAAACCGUUUGACUGCGUCAUCAAGCCGCGCUCUGAACGAUCCGUUGCCUUGAUUUCUGACGAGGCCUGAUCUUUUUGCACAUAACAUACAUACCACUGCCCCGUCUCAGAGCACGCUCCUGUGUAGAAGACAUACAUCUUACAUAUAUACAUUCCCUAGCAUACGUUAGUCGCGCGCGCAGUAGCGUGAUCGAGCGGUGUCUUAUUCGCUCCAUUUCGCGCUUCCGCGUCCAUAUAUAUACUAGUCCAAGUCCAGUUCAACCCUUUCCCGCCGCAUACACGCCCAAUCAACCAACCAACCACUCGCUGUCCUUGCGCUCCCCCACCACAGCGCCCCCACCCUAGUACUGCCCAAUGCGAGCUACCGCGAACCGUUUGUCGCUCGGUCUCGUCGUCGGGCUCAGCGCGCUGUCUUCGGCCGCGCCCAUCCCCGAACCGCUCCCAGAUCCCGCUCCCGCCCCCGCCCCAGGCUUCGGACCCUCGGCAUCAGGACCCAUCGCCGGAGGCGGCCCUCCCAUCAGCUACUUCUCCCUGCGCAAGGGGAAGAAGGGCCCCCGCGGGCUCGACGACGAGGGAGAGGAGGGUCAGGGGCUCGGGGAGGAAAGUGCCGAGUCGCGGCGGCCUGGCACGAGCCCGCCCGUGCCGAUGGAGGAUGUCGACCCGGCCUACCUUCCCCUGUCGGCUUCCCUCGAGGAGAUCAGCCUUCUAACGCAAAGCGAGGCGGGCAGCUACAAUCCGGAGCUGAUGAAGGAGCUCGACUGAUCUUUCAAAACAGCUGAAACCUGCUCUGGACAUGUACUUGAGAUUAUUAUGAUGUGAUAUGUAUUCCAGUCGUUUAUCUAAAUAUGUUCUAUUUCUAGCCCUGAAAGGCAAUCGCAAUUACAUGUACUACAUACACUUGAACCUACAGCCCCAAUCGCACGUCUAGAGUCUCUCCAUCGCAUACUGACUCUCCUCCCUCCGAGUCGCCGCGAAAUGCGGGAGCAUCCGCUCUACAUCCUUCCACCGCCAAUGCUGCGUCAUCAUGUCUCGUGUGAGCUGGUUGGGGUUGUCCCUGACGCUGUUGUCCUUGCCGUC